UCCAGCUUCUCUCAGGCCGAGGGUUCCCCGCGAUCAUGGCCUGGCCGCGCGUGCAGCUGGUAGUCACCGCGGAUGACUUUGGCUACUGCCCGCGACGCGAUGAGGGCAUCCUGGCGGCCUUCUUGGCAGGAACCGUGACCAGUGUGUCCCUAUUGGUCAACGGCGCAUCCGCAGAGAGCGCGGCGGAGCUGGCCCGCAGGUACAGCAUCCCCACGGGCCUCCACGCCAACCUGUCUGAGGGCCGCCCGGUGGGCCCGGCCCUCCACGGCAACUCGUCACUGCUCAGCCCGGAAGGCUUCUUCCUUGGCAAGAUGGGAUUCCGGGAGGCAGUAGCGGCCGGAGACAUAGCUUUGCCCCAGGUGCGGGAGGAGCUAGAGGCCCAACUGAGCCGCUUCCGGGAGUUGCUGGGCAGGUCCCCCACGCACGUGGAUGCCCACCAGCACGUACACGUGCUCCCAGGCGUGUGCCAGGUGUUUGCUGAGGUGUUGCACGCUUACGGGGUGCGCUUCACACGGCUACCAGUGGAACGCGGCAUAGGCAGCUGCACUUGGCUGGGAACACCGGCGCACGCCUUCGCCUGCACAGUGGAGCGCGAUGCCCAAGCUGCCAUGGGCCCCUUCUCCCGACUCGGCCUGCGGUGGACUGACACCUUCGUGGGCCUGAGCACUUGCGGCCGACACAUGUCUGCUCAACGCGUGCUGGAGGCCCUGGCACGAGCCCUGGAAGGUAUUCCUGCGAGCCAGCCUCUGACAGCCGAGUUAAUGGUCCACCCAGGUUAUCCGAGUGUGCCUCCACUUGGGGGAUGUGGCCAGGGCCCCGAUGCUUUCUCCUGUUCUUGGGAGCGGCUGCAUGAGCUCCAAGUCCUCAUGGAACCUACACUGAAGACCCAGCUUGCCCAGGAUAGCAUACAACUCUCUACUCUUGAUGACCUGAACUCCAAGUGGGCUGAGGAAGGAAUCCCUUGUGAGCCAACUCUGGAACCUAUCCUGGAGCCUUCACCUUGAUACUAGCAGCCUAAGCACCAAUGCCCCUAAGUGUGGAGGAACUGGUCAAGAUUAAGCUCUUGUACAGCCUGGUAACAGGCCUCAGAGCAAUCUUUAUGACUUCCCAGGGUAAAACACUGUCAGUUCUGUGCCCAACUUUGUGUUCAUAUGGCUCAGAGUGAUAACUAGUGCUUGGGCAGCCUCUUUUGCCUGCCUGCAGUAUGUGACAUCUUGAUCUAAGGCCUGCAGAGCCAAUUCGUGUUGCAGUGUCAAAACUGAUUGCUCAGGGGCAAUGGGUAGAGACUUUAUGUUAAUAAAAGAAUAAUUGCUUCUUUCAGA